UCUGUGUUGUUGACUCUCGUUGACUGCAAGUAAAUUCUCGUCUCUACUCGCCAUUUUUCUGUUCUCGAGCCGCUGUUUUCGAGUGAGGCGAGGGAUUUCAAGUCAAGAAUUUUGUCCGUUUCUGCUUAACACGGAUCAAGAAUCGUUUGACUGACGUGCUACGUUGCCAGUAAUUCUCUCUCAACCCGGACGAGCGGACGGACGCUAUUGACGCUAAGAUCUACGACCUGGACGACAGAAGUUGAACGCACGUGUGGCCGCCGAAUUCUGCUGGGCAAUACCAACUGCAAGUUGCUCCUUUUUCUGUCCACUUCUAUAAAACGAGAAAAUGGGCUGGUGGGGCUGGGGACGUCGCAACUGGGGCGGCUGGGGUGGUUGGAAUCAGCGCACCGGCUCCAAGAAGCACAAGAGAGACACCAUCAGGAGGAUCAAGAACGGCGAAACCAGGAAGGCAAUCGCCGACGAUCUGAAGUUCACCCCAGCUACCAUUUCUCGCUGGUGGAAUGAGUAUGUGGCUGAGCAAGAAGCCAAGGGCAAGGUGGUCACAAUCAACAAGGCUGGCAAAGGCGGUAGUUCUGCUCCUGCCGAAGAUGACACCCCUCCGAGGCGUCCCAGGGCCCCAAGGAAGAAAUCAACUGGUACUCCGAAAAGUACCCCUCAGGUAGCAGAAGGACAAGGAAGUGCCAGGAAAAGUUCUGGAGACGUAGCUGCUGAGGUAUGUGUGCCUCAAAAGCAGUUUUGUGCAGAAAAAUUGGAGGACAUUGUUGACAUCCACAGUGACAAUGAGGAGUUUGAAAAGGUCAAUGUCAACUGAUUAGGACAAAAAAAAAACACAAAUUUCAAAUUAUUUGCAGUACUGAAAAUAUUUCUAACAAAUAUUGAAUGAAAAAGCCAAUUAAAUAGCAAUGCAAAAUUUUAAAUUUGAUAAUCAAAAGUACCAUUCUGUGAAGAGAAAAGAAUAUAAAAUAUUUCUUUUAUAAAUUUGCACCAUUACAUUAAUAAAAUAAAAAUUUCUGCAAAAUUUGCUAGUAAUGUAAUUCCAUUUGAAUCAAUUUUAUUUGGCACCUAUAUCUUAUAUAAAAUAUGAAAUGGUAAUAAAUCAUAAU